AGACUUCCUUGACGUGUUGUUAUCAAUCCACGUUGAAGUCGAAAUUCGUCUGUCAACGAUAAAUAAGAUUGUAGUUCUGGUUUACUGGAUUCAUUCCUGCAAUUGAAAAUGAUGUAAAUAUCUUGCUGUAAUCUUUGUAUAAGACUUUUGAGAUAAUCAUGAUUCCACCCCCUUCUUCCCAUGUACCACCUGGUGGUACUCAAAUGUAUGAUUCUCAAAACGCAAACAAGCUUGCUUACCAGAUGCAAGAUAUGAAACUGGGCCCACCUCCUCCAAAUUCUCCAAUGAGUAGGCCACCACCCAGCAAUCCCCAGAUGAUACCAGGAACUCCAUCACCUCAGCACAGACCAAUCAUGCCAACAACUGUAACUUAUAGUACUCAACAACCACGAGCCACAUAUCCAUACGUAAAUAAUAAUCCACCAGGAAUGCCCACUUCUCCAAUAAUUAAUAACCAGUAUCUUCCAGGUCAUUCAAAUCUACCACCUACAACCCCACAACCAGGACAAAAGGUUAGCCAGAAUCAAAUUACAAGCCCUCUGCACCCCCCUAGUAAUUCUUUGUAUAGCAAUGGCAUCACUAAUGGUCAUGAAGAUAAUAAACCUCCACAAAAUAUUCAGUCACCUCAUCUUGGUCCUCAACAGCCAAAUUUCAAUACUCAACAACCUCCAUCUAUGCCCCUUCAAGGUCAAAUGCCUUAUCAGCAUCCUCCACAAAAUCUACAAACUGGACCCCCUAAUUCACCAUAUCCUCCCCAACAAUUUUCUAGCCCUAACUCUGUUCUAAGCCAACCUCCACAACCUGGCUUUCAGCAGCCUCCUCCUCCUCCUGGCAGUUUUCCUCCUCCCAUGGGUUCUAUACCUGGCUCUUUACCACCAGGUUCUCCUCCAUUUUCUAAUAUGCCUCCUAACCAAGGACCUCCUGGAAGUCCACCAUGGCCAUCAGCUCAGUAUCAAGGCUCAGGUCCUCAAAGUCCUGGUAGCUAUCCUUAUGGAUCAUCACCUCCAGGGCCUCAGACUCAACAACCUAGAAAACUGGAUCUAGACCAGAUGCCAAGCACAGUACAGUUUCGUGAUGAAGAUAAGAAACUUAGAAGUGGUUAUUUUACAACCGAUGUUAAAGGACAGUUGCCUCCACUAGUUACAACUGAUUUUAUUGUGCAAGACAGAGGCAUUUGUAAUCCUCGUUUUAUUAGGUCAUCAUUGUAUUGUCUUCCUAACAACCCAGAUGUUUUGAAACAGACUGCUCUUCCUUUUUCAGUCACUAUUAGUCCUUUAGCUAGUCUUCGUGAAGGAGAGCAAGAACCUCCUACAUGCCACUUCAGACAAGAAGGUCCUCUUAGAUGCAAAAGAUGUAAAGCAUAUAUCUGCCCCUUUAUGACUUUCAUAGAUGGUGGUCGUAGUUUCCAAUGUGCUUUUUGUAAAGUGGUUACAGAAGUACCUCAAGAUUAUUUUUGCUUUCUGGAUGGAAUGGGAGAAAGAACUGACAAAUAUCAUCGUCCUGAGCUUUGCCUUGGUUCUUAUGAAUAUAUAGCUACAAAAGAGUAUUGCAGGAAUGAUGAAAUGCCAAAUCCUCCAGCAUAUAUUUUUAUGAUCGAAGUUUCCAGUGCUACAUUUCGUAAUGGGUUGGUUCCAUUACUUUGUGAAAAUAUGAAACAUGUAUUGCGCUCCUUGAAAAAUGAUGAGAAAAAUGACACCUCAAAAUUGAGAGUGGGAUUUGUCACUUACAACAAUGUUUUACAUUUCUAUAACAUGAAGAAAAAUCUCUCUCAACCACACAUAAUGGUGUUGUCUGAUGUUCAUAAUGCUUUUGUCCCGUUAUUGGAGGGAUUCCUUGUUACUCUUGAAGAAGCAGAAGGUCUUGUUGAUAGUUUAAUGGACCAUAUACCUCGCAUAUUUAUGAAUGAACCAGCUACUGAAAUAAUCUUGGGCCCUGUUAUACAAGUUGGACUGGAAGCUUUAAAGAAUGCCAAUUGCUCUGGAAAGCUUUUAAUAUUCCAUGCUACAAUUCCCAAUGCUGAUGCUCCUGGAAAGUUACCUCAUAGAGAAGGUCAAAAGUUGCUAGGGACGGACAAACAAAAGAUUGCCUUAUCUCCACAAACUGAUUUCUACAGCAAGCUGGCUCAAGAAUGUGUUGCUGCUGGAUGUGCUGUAGAUCUUUUUCUUUUCCCUAAUGCUUAUGUGGAUAUAGCUAGCAUGAGUCCUUUGUGCAGGCAUACUGGUGGCCAAAUUUAUAAGUACACAUAUUUCCAGUCUCAUGUUGAUGGGGAUAGGUUUCUUCAAGAUCUAGAAAGGAACAUCACAACACCUGCUGCAUUCGAUGCUGUUCUAAGAGUACGAACUAGUGCUGGUAUUAGUCCUGUAUUUUACUAUGGAAACUUCUACAUGUCCAAUGCCACGGAUAUUGAACUAAGUGCAAUAGACUGUUUUAAAGCUAUUACUGUUGAGUUUGCCUAUGAUGAUAAAUUACCUGAAGGCGAGACUGUUUUCGUCCAGGCUGCAUUACUAUACACCACCCGCACAGGGGACAGACGUAUUAGAGUUCACAAUAUAGCCUUCCCUACAUCUGUUGGUAUGCCUGACAUAUACAAGUCUUGUGAGAUGGACACAACUGUCAACUUUUUGGCAAAACAAGCUUUGAAGCAGUUAUUAGAUCACAGCCCUCAACAAAUUAAAAACAAUUUAAUUAGUCGAAGUGUAAAGAUUUUGGCUUGCUAUCGAAAGAAUUGUUCUACGAGCACCGGAUCUGGACAACUGAUACUGCCAGAAACAUUAAAGCUUUUGCCUCUCUAUGUGAAUUGUUUGCUGAAGAGUGAUGCUAUAUCUGGAGGUCCUGAUAUAUCACUAGAUGAUCGAAGUUUUGCAAUGCUCAUUGUCAACAGUAUGGAUGUACAAAGCACUGCCACAUAUUUUUAUCCUACUCUUUUCCCAUUGCAUGAUGUUGAUCCUGAUUUUGUUGGAAUCCCGAAUCCAAUACGAUGCUCAAUAGAAAAAUUAAGUGACAAUGGAGCCUAUCUUUUAGAAAAUGGCAUCUAUAUGUUUUUAUGGAUUGGGCAAGCAAUCAACCCAGACUGGCUGCAAAAUGUGCUUGGUGUGCAGAGUACUAAUCAAGUCGAUAAACAGAAGACUUCUCUACCAGAGCUUAAUAAUCCUUUGUCUGAAAAGAUUCGCCAAAUCAUUGAAGAAAUUGAAAAUGGACGCCAGAGGUUUAUGAGAUUGAGCAUCAUGGUUCAAGGAGAUAAGCUUGAGAUUGUGUUUAGACAUUUUCUUGUGGAAGAUCGAGGUGGUGAUGGAAGUCCAUCAUAUGUGGAUUUCUUGUGUCAUUUACAUAGAGAGAUAUCGAAAAAUAAUUAAAAAUAGGUUUUAGCACUCAAUGUUUUAAUGUGAAAAUAUAUGUUUCACAUGUGAGAGAGAAUGUAAUUUAAAUUUUGAUGUGAAAAUUUUGCUUUUUUUCUAUGAAAUUGUAAAAAAUUAAUGAGUUAUUUCUUAUUGGACUGAAAGAUUGAAAUAAAUAAUUUGGAAUGACUGAACUAAGCAUUUGAGUUUAAACUGACACGCAAAUUAUUGCUCAUAGAAAUGUUUUCGACUUUUUGAAAGAUAUUUGUGGAACGUAUGCAUUUAUAUACCAUAUGAUGAUUCAGAUUGUUAUAAAUUUAAACACAUUAUUUUAUAUUGUUUUUUGUAUAUUUUUAAUUGAUAAUUUUUCCAGGAUAUAUAUUAUAUACUGAAACAACAAUUUUCAACAGGAUUCUUUUUUUUAAUUGAAAAAAUAUUUUCUUUUGAUGUUUGCUUAUGCUAUUUCAAUGUAUUGUUUUUCUAUUAUGCUUCAAUGAGUUUCGUCUUUUAAAGUUUUUAAAGAUUACAUUACAAAGAUUGCCAAAGCAAACAUUAUAAUAUAUAUAUUUUAGAAAAAGCAUUUAUCUAUUGACAAUACUGUUAAUUCUUCCUUCUUUGUGAGGUAUUACUUACUUUAAUUUAUAAAAUAUAUUAUUGAGAAUAUUAAAUGUUAAAGGGGUUUUUUCCCUUUCAAUUUCUGACAUUUGGUUAUUAAAUAAUGCAAUAUAUUCUUAUAAUUUUAAAAGUUCAGUACCAUUCAAAAUAGUUUGUUUUUGGAAGUUUGAAUUGAUUCAUUAUAAGGUUGAUGAAAUCAUUAUAAUAAACAUAGUUGUUGUUGUUGUUUUUUUAAAUUACGUUUGCUAUAUGAAAGUUGACUUACAGUAUAAUAAGAAAAAUGCUGCUUCUACCCACCACCUUACUCUCCAGACCUUUCGAAUAUUUGAUAUUUAAUCCUUUCAAGUUUAAUAGGUCAUAUAUGUGCGUCUGUACAUAUUUCCUUAAAAUCCAUCUUGGAAAGAUUGAUAACUUUUUAAAAUUUUCUUUUAGUGAAGUAAUAUUACUUUCUUUAUUGACAUAAUAAAUAAAUAUUAUUUUGGGAAUAAUUAUUUAUUUAAUAUUCUUUUUAAUUAUUAAGGAAUUAAAAAUGGUAAAUUAGAAUUAUUUCAACUGACAAUUUCCAAAUGUUCUACAUUCAGUUAUGAUUUCACUGAAUAAAUGCUUAAAGAGAUGGAUAAUACUCAUGUAAUAGUGCACAUCUUUUGAAUCAUUAAUUUUUUUCUCACUGCCCAAAAGAUUUUUCCACUUCUCAAUAUUAUGUGAAUGUUAAUCUGUAUGUACUGUGAUUUUAAUUAUAAAACAAUGGUUGCUUUUUAUAGAAAUGUAUUUCAUGGUGAAUUAUAAAAAGUUGAAAAUUUUUAUUUCAUAAUUAAAUACAGUUAUGAAAUUGAGAUUUAUGCAGUAAAGUCUUUUUUGUUAUUAUUAACAAACUCUUUGUUAAUAUGAAUUUUAUGAUUCAAUUAUAAUUUAUUUCUUCAGUUAAGUAAAGUAAUAAUUGUAUCUGGCAUUAUAAUGCCAUGCAAAUGUUUCUAAUUGAAAGUUCACAUUAGUCUGAGAAUAAAGCUAAUGUACAUGUAUAUUUGCAACAUUUUUAAGUAUUCACAUAAAAGCCCGUUGUUGGAUAUGUAAUAUUAUUUUGAGAUAUAUUUAAUGUUCUUAUCUAUCUAUUUAUUAUUAAAUUGUUCAAAAAUUAAAGUUUUUAUAUUGUUAUUUCAUAAAUUUCAAAUUAUAGUUCCUUUUGUUUCAUAAUAUAUAAUUUGUAAAUAUUCUUAUUAAGCAUAUAUGUAUAUAAUAUAAUGUAUUAAAAUUGUUUUGUUGAGCAGUUUUAAAACCUAGCAAAGAAAUUUUAUUUUUGAAUUAAAUUAUUGAAAUGAAAGAGUUCAAUCUAUUAUUAUUAAAAUGCAAAUAUGUGAGAAGCACCAUUUAAUAUAUUCCAUUUAAAUUAUGUUUUUGUAUUCUGGAACUUUUUUUUUUUACUACUUUUCUUGGUGUUUGUGGUCUCUGCCAAUUUUCUUAC